AUGUCGAGAGAUAGUGCCGCGGUCCUGCUUUGCGUCUACGCUGACUUGUUCCUCAACCAGUUGAUCCAGUGUUCCGAGGGUCAUUCGUUUGUCGUGGACCAUACGCGCGCGAUAUUCGUGAAAGACGGUCAGCCGUUUCGCUUUGUGGCGGGGGAAAUGCACUACUUUAGAGUUCCGAGAGCAUACUGGAAGGACCGACUAUACAAGAUCAAAAUGGCCGGCCUCAACACGGUUGCCUUCUACAUCGAGUGGAGCGGACACGAGCCGGAGCCCGGUGUUCACAACUUCAUCGACGACUACGAUCUGGACGCCUUCCUGAAGGAGAUCAAGGAACAAGGUCUCCUGGCCAUAGCUCGCCCGGGCCCGUACAUUUGCGGGGAGCGGGACAACGGAGGAUUCCCGUACUGGCUACUCAGAGAUCACCCCAAGAUGGCAUAUCGAAGCAGCGACAAGAACUUCGUUGCGGCAGUGGAGCGGUGGUUUGCGAAGCUCCUCCCUAUGCUGGUACCACACCUGUACCGAAACGGUGGCCCAAUCUUCGCCGUCCAAAUCGAGAAUGAGUACGGCCACUACCCCAAGUGCGACAUGGCGUACAUGGAACAGCUGCUAAUCAUCAUGGAGUCUCACAUGGGCAAGGACGUCGUCUACUACCGCACGGAUUUCCCGUUCGUCUCUAACUACGCUUGCGACUGGGUGCGCGACAUUCUCGUUGCCGGUAACAUCCCGUCGCACUACGACGUGCCCUACGUGUUCGGCAUCAUGAAGCGCGCGAACCCAAAGCCGGCCCCCAUGGUCGUCAUCGAGUACUACACUGGCUGGAUGGACUUCUGGGGUUACUCGCACAGCAGCAAGACGAAGGACGCCAUUAUCAACCCAUUCAAGCUCAUGAUGACCUACAACGCAUCCGUGACCUUCUACAUGUUUGUAGGUGGUACCAACUUCGGCUUCAAGUCGGCGAAAUCCAAUACUUACCCCCUCACUACCAGCUACGACUACGGAGCACCCGUCGCCGAAGACGGCGACUUAAGGUCCAUCUACUACGACAUACGGGACCUGGUGACCAACUACCUCGGUCACGUUCCCAGCGGGGACAUGCCCAAAAACCAGACCAAGCUUAACGUGGGCGCCGUUUACCUCGGCGAACAUAUUUCCCUGGAAGAAGUGAUGGACCACUUCCGCAGCAAGGAGUGGCUCGAACAAAAGCAGUCAGUCGACCCGUUGACGUUCGAGGCAAUGAGACACGCCUAUGGCUUCCUGGUUUAUAGGACUACAGUCAACGUGGUCACCGAGGGUACAGCGUACCUUUUCCUGUCGACGCUACGCGACCGGGCUUACGUUCGCGCCGGAGGCAAACAGUUCAUCUUUUACAAUCAUCUCGUUAGUAAUGGGAUGCCGAAGUUAUGGGACAAGAUUCCUGUGAAGAAAGGAGACAACCUCUCCAUUCUAGUGGAAAACAUGGGAAGAGAGUGCCAUGGCGUCCUGAACCACGACGCGAAGGGGCUCACCGAGGUAUACCUCGACCGAGACAUAGUCAAGAACUGGACUACUGAGGCAGUUCCCAUCAACAAGAAUCGAGACAUCACCGAACUCCUACGCAUCGUUCGACGAAAGGGAGACGGAAGCGUUCCCGGUUUCUUCCACGGGACGUUCACCCUGAAGGAAGGGCAGAUUCCUUCCGACACAUUCCUGGACCCAUCAGGAUGGAUAAAGGGCAUCGCCUUCAUCAAUGGUUUCAACCUGGGCCGCUACUGGCCUCCUACGGGGCCGCAGGUGACGCUGUACGUGCCGGCCCCGUACAUCAGACCUCAUCCAGAAGAGAACCGGCUGCUACUCUUCGAGACGGAAGGAGCGCCAGUCUACCGUGCUGUCAUGUUGGUCGACAAACCCAUCCUAGACGCAGACAUCGAGCGCCCGAGGCCCUGAAGGCGGCUCUCGGCUCAUGCGACAAACUGCGUUGUAUUUUUUUUCUUCUUAUUUAUUAGUGGUGGACCGUGGUUGCUACGCAUGACGUCAUCGUAGCAUUUGGUCAGAAGACGUUGAUACACAUCUCCCUGUACUGUUUCAUCGCACCCUGUUCUCCCUCAGUGAAGGCAGAACCACAACCAUGUUUACUUAUUGUUAACGUCCCUACUUCCUGGUUGCAAUCUCUCUCUUUAUCAGGUCGGACGGUUGCAAUAAACUUCAGAAGCAAGUAGCUGUCCUGGUGCCAAAACAAAGAAGUGGGGCUACCACGAUGACCUUGCAAAUUAACGGCAUGCCGAUAACUUUAAGUCUAGCAUCAUCGCAGCCUUAGCGACGGUGGAUGACAAGAUACAGCGUCACACUUCUGAACGCGAGGAUAUGGACUCGACUCUCGACCACAGUGGUCG